AGGUAACUGGAAAGGAUGGUCUCGCGUGAACACGUAUCUCGAGACGAGGAGCAAAGGAGGAAAAGUGGAAAACCAAAUGAUUGAUACAUUGUAACGGCUAGCUGCCAAUGUUUUGGUCAACAUUAAGGGCUUGUUGUAGCAAAACGUGCCACAUUGUAUCUUUUUUUUUUACACGCUGCGUUUCACUUCGAAGCAUGUGUUUAGAGAUGACUGACGGGACUCAAAUCCUCCGAAUCAAUAUUUAAGUUAGCUCACUGUGCUAACUUGAUAGCUAGCUUUGUUUACAUCGGCUGCGCGCGUGAAUUCUUACUACUGGCUUCAUUCGUCGUUAAUCUUUGAGCUAUAGGAGGACGGAGUUUUAAUGUUUUUCUACGAUUUUCCACACUAUGCACAAUCCCCCUAAAUUUUGUUUAUGAUGUACUAGUAGAUAUUUCGGUGCUCGUGGCACCAGCUAACUCUUUGGACCUUAGCUGGUGGGAUUUUCUAAUUCAUUGUGUGAAAAUGGAAUUAUUGAUGUGAGAGACAAAUCAUAGGAGUAACGCGAGGAGUGCUUCGUCCCAACAUAAGUCAUUUAAUCGUGAUCAGCUGUCUGCCUUCCUACACGCGGCCGGAUGACUUGGGUAUUGUUUUGGUGAGAACGGAACGGACCAAACCACGGCAGAUCAUCCCAUCCACCCUGGGACCCGUCUCAGUGCGUGGCUGGGUUUAUUCCCCCCCGGGCUCUGUUUCCCAGAGGCUGCGGUGCACAGAGAUGAACCCUGUCAAUGCAACCGCUCUGUACCUGUCCGCCAGUCGGGCCGUGUUCCAAUGUGACCCGCGGAGACCCCAGACCUUCACAGAGAUGUACAAGCUACUGCUCUUCUUCCGACAGUCCCUCGCAUGUUUGGUCUGCGGCAAACUGCUUCAAGACCCAAUUGCCCCCACACACUCAGAAUGCCAGCACUAUGUGUGCUCGGGAUGCAAAGGCCAAAAGAUGCAGAUGAAGCCACUGUGCAGCUGGUGCCGGGACUACUCCUGCUUCCAGGAGAACAAACAGCUGUCUCUGCUGGUUCAGUGCUAUAGGAAGCUGUGCUUGUACGUCACCCAAUCCCCGCUGCUGCAGCCAAUCAGCAGCCAGGUGGGCGGUUGUCCAGAGCUCUUGGCCCUGCUGGAGGAGGUUUUGUUCAUGACGGCCGAGGACUCUCUGGACACAGAGCCAGACACAGAGGAGCCCGCGCCAGUGGACGAAGCUCCCUGUGCUAUCGAGUCCCUUACCCCCACUGAAGCCCCGCCCGUACACGCAGAGCUGUCGGCCCCGCCGCAGUGCUCCUCCUCAGAGCCCCCAUGGCCCGGUGCGCAGCAGGACUGCAACGGGACCUGUGUGGAGGAGCUGGGUCCCUCCUCCCCGGAGCUGGAGGUGUGUGAGCUGGAGGAGGAGCAGCAGCAGCCGUCCCCGGGGAGCCUCUCCGCUGCGUCCUCGGUCAGCUGUGGCGCCCCGGAGCCGGGGCACGCCCCAGGGUCGUACGCCCCCCCGCAGACCUCGGCCUGCUCCCUCCUAGACGAGGAGUCUAGCAGGGAGCUGGAGGAAGGGGAGGUUCUGCUCCUCAGCGUGGAGGAGGUCCUGCAGACGCUGGACCCGAUCCAGCCCAUCGCGGACUCGCCCGAGUCGCCGCCGGAGAGCACCCACACCCACACACACACACACGUGCACAUCCCCUCGGACAGAGGGCACACGACACAAAUGUACAUACGCUUGGACACGGGGCACAACUACACACAGAUCCAGCCGGACAGGACUCGCACGUUGGCCGGCUACGGUAGCGCUGCUCGCACUCACGCACCCGUAGCCCCCUCAGACCCGGCCCCCUGCCAUCCUCCGUUCAGACCCAACAGGAAGAGGUCUCGGUCGGAGAGCGACCGGGAGCGGGUGAAGCCUCUCCCCAUCGCCUCCAUCCUGCAGGGCGCCACCGCGCCGCCCGACAGCCCCUCCGUCCCCCAGCCCCAGCCCCAGCCCCACCCACACCCACACCCACAGCCGUCCAUGGCACCCUCUCACACGUACUCCUCCCUCCCCAACGGCUCCGCCCCCAAACCCAACCGCCCCUCGCCCAACUACACCAAGGGCGCCCGUAAAACAACCGUAGACCCGGCGCCCAAGAAGCCCUGCGGCAAGCCUCGCAGCAGCGGAGGCCCCAAGCCCAAGGACCAGCGAACUAAGGACCAGCGUGGCAAGGACCAGCGGCUGCCCUCGGGCUGUCUGGUUCCUGCCGUCAAGCCCCCCUACAAAAAGCCUGUGGAGAAGAAGGGCUGCAAGUGUGGCAGGGCCACCCAGAACCCCUCUGUGCUGACAUGCCGGGGGCAGCGGUGUCCGUGCUACUCCAACCGGAAGGCGUGUCUGGACUGUAUCUGCCGCGGCUGCCAGAACUCGUACAUGGCCAACGGCGAGAAGAAGCUCGAGGCCUUCGCCGUGCCGGAGAAGGCGCUGGAACAGACGCGCCUCACGCUUGGCAUCAACCUCACCAGCAUCACCGCCGCCGCCCUCCGCAACCCGGGCACCGCCACCGCCAUCCACGGGAGCCACACCCACCUCCUUAACGUCGCCACGGCAACGGGCUCCCCCAUGGCCACGGCCUACCUUGCCCCCAGCCCUCCGAAGGACCCCGCGUACAAAGACGGCCUUGAGCUGCUGAUUGGCUGAAGGUUUUUGUUUUUGUUUUGUGGCAGUUGAUAUAUAUUUUUUUUAAACUGCUCAGCGAUGACUGAAUGUGAUGACUGUUUGGUCUGAUGGAGGGCUACGAGCCUCUUUCUUUAUCUUUGUCUCUCGCGUUCUCUGUCACUCUCUCUGUCUGUCGCUCUCUUCUGCGAGGGAUACAGACUGAGGCAGCUAUUGAUCUAAGUGUGUGUGUGUGUGUGUGCGUGUGCGUGCAUACAUGGGCGUGCCAAAGCUAGUCUUUUUUUGUAGUGUGCCUGAAUAGUGCUGUGUGUCUUGUCCUUUGGGGGCCCUCAAACACACAUGCUCACACACAAGUGGUUCCUAGUCUGUUCUGCAUUUGAGAGUGGUGUUUUUUUUUAAAGACCACAGACAUCAAUAACAAGUCUGUGUGUGCUUGUGCGUGCACCUGGACACAUGCAAAAUAGUGGGUGCAUAUCGACAAACAACAGCCUAAUCAUCUCUCUUUCACCUUUCAUACAAUCUCCAUGAACUAAAGUAUUAAUCACUGUUGGUUUCAGGUGGUCGUUAGAAUCAGGGACAGCCCUACUAAUAAUGUAUUUUCUUGUGGUUAGUUAACAUUCGGCUCACCUGUAAAACAUCUCUAUCUGUCCAGUACAUAUGCCUUCUGUAUGUUUUUAUAGCUGCCUGCCUGUAUCUCAGACACUCUACUCUCUCAAUGAAUCCUAGUACUGUUGCCAAUGAAUUGGCUUUAAUGGACUUGAUGGAGACACUGCAGGCUAGAAGAUAAGUGUUUGUCUUGCUCCGGGGUGCGUGAGUGUGUGUGUAUGUGAGUUUGCCUACCUGCUGAGUUUUACUGUAACGUCAAUGGGAGUGGGCACCAGGACACGAGCACUUAAAGUCUGGCAGAUUGGCCAAUUACAACCUUUCUCGGUUACCAUAGCAAUAUCGGCACCAAUGGGCUGAACCCACACUAAUGGAGCCUUCCAGCCCCUCACACAAAAACACAUCCAUGUCUGUUUACAGAGCUUCUGAGGAACCAGUACAAGCAUUGUAAUUUAUUUAUAGCUCAAUAUUACACUAUAUAUUUACAGUCAACGUGAUAUCUGUAAUAUUACAACUCAUUUUUUCUAAGCGGAUUGUUAAAUGGUGUGUGUUGGUGUAUAUAUGCGUAUAGACGAAACAAAGCCAUACAAUUAACACUAUUAUUCAGAGAAAAACAUCCAUGGCCUGCUCAUGUUUGUCCCCAGUCAAAGUGUUUCGCCAUGGUGAA